UGUGAAUACAUUUACAUACACAUAUUACAUGUACAUGUAGUACUGUAUUGAUACCCUCAUGUUCAGUGAAGUUAUUCACUCCUUGGAUGAGGUAAAUUUCUCAAUUUUUCAACCAUAAAUAUUUAAUGAAUCAGUGGAUUGUUCAAUGUUUUUGUUUUCAUGCAUGGAAAAUUCACUGCUGUUUCCACUUUUACAGAAUCUGAGUUAUGUCAGCGUCAGUGUUGUGGUCCUGCCCGUGGGUUCACAAUGCAUAUUGUAGACAAUAACCAAACGGAAAUUCUUCGAUGUGUUCGUGAGUUUAAAUGCUGUGCUGGGUGUUGUUGGUGUGCAAAUAUUGAUCACUGUGCAUUUGAAAUCGCCAUUGAAGCUCCUGUUGGAGUACCAAUUGGUUAUGUCAGACAAAGGCAGUAUUGUUGGGUUGCAGAAUUUGAUAUAAUGGAUGCCAAUCAUGAGACUGUGUUGCGAUUAAAAGGACCCUGUUGUAUCUGUACUGGUCCAUGCUGUACUUGGGAUCAAGAAUUCACUCUCUUCUCUAAGGAUAUGACCACAGAGCUUGGCAAAGUCAGUAAACAAUGGUCUGGUAUUGCUAGAGAGAUGUUUACUAAUGCCAACAACUUCAGCAUUACAUUUCCUAUGGAUCUGGAUGUGAAAACCAAAGCAACUCUUCUUGGAGCUUGCUUUCUCAUUGACUUUAUGUAUUUUGAAAACAAAAACCAGUAAUGUUGGAAGAACCCUAAAAGAUUGUUAAUUCUGAUGAAUUGCAGCUCAGUGUGAACAUUAAAUCUGUUGUAUAUUCCAGAGUUUGUGAAUCCAAAUAUGGCUAUAGCCAUUACUUUUUUCUUUUUUUUUUAACUAUUACAUGAUAAUACUGGUUGUGGAUGAUUAUCUUUGAAUUGUACAUUUACAUUUAGCAGGAUUCCUAUUUAGUUCUUUAAAAAGUCUAACUCUUUUGGUGAUUGCUUGAAAAGGUCUGAAGAAACAAAAAUUUCAUCAAAUCAACAUUAUGUUCUCGGUUGGCUUUAUUUUACUUAAGAACAUGUAGUUUUAACUAUGAAUGUUUUUUUUAUUUAAUAUUUGUGCGUUUCCCUAAACAGGUUAUAAAUUUACAAAAAUUUAGUCUCAAAAGUGUAAAAUGUUAGAAAGUCAAGGCCCUAUAGGGAAACCUGAUAAUAUUUCAUUCAAGAAACAUACAUUUAUAUUUAUAUCAUUGCUUGACCUGAAUGUUUCAUUUGAAAAUCAGAAAAUUAAAGCUGGACACAGAAUGAAACAUUUUCACAAUAGUUGUUCACAUCUUGUCAUUGUGAUAUUUUACUGUACUUGUAUAUUUUUCUGAAAUGAGGCUGUAUAAUGUAUAUUCCUAUUUCAUCAUUUCAUUAUUAAUGCACAUAUUUUAGAAUACAAACUUUCAAUAUUAAUAACUUAUACAGCAUCCUUGAAUAGAUUCCAUGUCAUAUCUUUAAAUGAUUUGUAUGUUCCCGAUAUCAAUUUAUAAUACUUUUUUCGUGAUACUCUACAAUAUAUGUUCAGUGUUUAUAAUGUAAAAGUUCCUUUUUAGCAUGUACUUUUUACAAGCAUAUACUUGUAUCAACUUAUUUUCAUUAUUGUAAACUUAA